AUGGCAUUCUUCCAGCCCCGCCGACUGGCCAUCCUGCUCCUGGUCGCCGUGACAUACGUCUACGCGGAAAAGCAUGCCUCGUCCGUUGCGUCGAUGAGCAUCCCGGAAAUCGAGGACAAGCUCCAGCAAUGUGCAUUUGUACAAGAUCUCAAUACCUUCAAAGCUGCCACCUCCCCUGAAACAUCCACCCUCAGCUCGCGCAUUUUUGCAGUGCUCUUCCCCGGCAGCCCAGCAGUAAAUGCGCUCCUUGCAACGCUCUAUAUAUCCGGCCCGCCAAACUUCCUACUCGCACUAUGUCCACCGAAUAUCGAUCCCUCAUCCUUAUCGGUGAUGGUGGCGUUCGCCGUGGGGGGACUGCUAGGUGAUACGCUAUUCCAUUUGCUACCUGAGAUAUUCCUAGGGGAGGAUAGUCAUGAUAGUGUGCGAUUUGUGCUAGUGGAGCCGAAUCGGAAUCUGCUUCUUGGGGUGGCGAUACUGGUUGGGUUUGUCACAUUUGUGGCCAUGGACAAGGGGCUACGGAUUGCUACUGGCGGCGAGGGUGGCCAUGAUCAUGGGCAUUCUCAUGGGAAUGGUGAAGUCAAAUCUGCUGCGACAACAAGCGGGUUGGACAACUCUGGCGCAAAGAACUUGCGAUCUAGGAAGGCUGAGAAGGGUCAAUCGCAAUUGGUAAACGCGGAGAAGGAGAAGACCAAGGAAAUCAGCUCUAGUGUAAAGCUGGCGGGUUACUUGAACCUCAUCGCCGAUUUCACGCACAAUAUAACCGAUGGAUUAGCACUUGCGGCAAGUUGGUAUUCUGGCCCAACCAUUGGCGCAACAACCACGGUAGCAGUGUUCUUCCACGAGAUCCCUCAUGAAGUCGGCGAUUUUGCCCUGUUGAUCCAAUCCGGAUUCUCCAAGCGCGCAGCAAUGGGUGCGCAAUUCCUAACCGCGGUAGGAGCUCUCCUGGGUACGCUCAUCGGCAUUGCUGUGCAAGAACACGGCGGAAGCAGUGGCCAAGGCUCCGAAGGAAGAUUCGAGGGACUGAUGGGCACGAGCUUGUCUUGGGGUGAUAUGCUAUUACCAUUUACCGCGGGAACCUUCCUGUACGUUGGGACUGUUGCGGUUAUCCCAGAGCUGUUGGAGACUGGGAAGGAUAGGGGUGUGGAGUUGAAGAAGACUGCCCAGCAAUUCGUGGCUAUGGCUGCCGGGGCUGGGAUUAUGCUUUAUAUUUCUUGGUCAUAG